ACAACCGCGACAAGAUGGCGUUGCUGCCCAGCGAGCUGCUGAGUGGGCUGCUGGGACCCGACCCUGGGGUGCUGAGCCCCGAGCAGCUGGAGAAGUUGCGUGAGUUCAAGAUUCAGACUCGGAUUGCCAAUGAGAAGUAUCUAAGGGCCCACAAAGAAGUGGGGUUUCUCAUCAGUGGUUUCUUAAGAGAACUGUUCUUGAAGAGACCAGAGAACAUCCGGGAAUUUGCUGCAGAUUAUUUCACGGAUCCAAGACUUCCCAACAAGAUUCACAGGCAGCUAAUUAAAGACAAGAAAGCGGCUUAAUUAGCAGAAUCACGAUGCUCGGCUGUCAGGAGAGAGCAGCCGGGAUCCAGCCUCUGGGGUCGUCGGAGGCAGCAGGCCUGUUGCCCGCACCCGGGUUCCCGAGCUGCCUCGGGCUCUGUCUGCUGUCUGAGAGAGGCUUUUAAAAAUCCUCAUUAAAAACAGCCCUCCCUGCUCCCUCUCUCUGCUUUAUCUCACUGGGAAGGAUGAGGACC